AUGGAUACUCACCCGGCAAUCAUCACCAUGCCGCCGCUGUUGCGUGAGAUGAGUACAGACUCGAUCAUGACUACCAGGUCCUCAGUAUCGGACGUCUGGGGAUCUGGCGAGGCUACACCCGUCACUUCUCCUCCCAGCUCCCGCGGCGAGUCUCCUGACCGCAAGCCAGACCGGCUCGAUGGAGUGCAACGACGCACCCGCUCAGACACCACCCUCACAACGCUGUCAUCGGCUCCUCGAGUGAGGAAUAUCUGCUUCGUCGGAGCAGGCUUCGUCGGUGGCCCCACGGCGGCCCUCAUCGCCUACCACAACCCUUCCAUCACCGUCAACGUUGUGGACCUCAACACUGAGCGCAUCGCAGCAUGGAACGGAAACCACCUGCCCAUCCACGAGACGGGACUCCCCAAGAUCGUGCGAAUUGCUCGAGACGGCACCAACGAGGCCACCGUCUCUGGGGUUUCCGGCAUGAGCGACUCAUCCAGCGUCUACCUCCCGGCGCGAAAGCCUAACCUCUUCUUUUCAACCAACGUCACCCCUUGUAUCGCCAGUGCAGACAUCAUCUUCAUCUGUGUGAACACACCCACUAAGAUGUACGGCAUGGGAGCCGGCGCCAGCGCGGACCUGGGAGCCCUGGAGGCAGCGACGAGGACGAUCGCGAAGAACGCCAAGAGUGGCGCGGUGAUUGUUGAGAAAAGCACAGUCCCCUGUGGAACUGCAAGAAUUAUUUCUGAUAUUCUCCGCCAGUACCGACCUGAGACGUCGUUCGAGGUGCUCUCGAACCCAGAGUUCCUCGCGGAGGGCUCCGCCGUCGCCAACCUGAUGCGGCCAGACCGGAUCCUCAUAGGCAGCGGCACAGGGCUGACGGGCCUGCGGGCGGCCGCGGCCCUCCGCAACGUCUACACCGCGUGGGUGCCGCCAGAACGCGUCCUCACCGUCAACACCUUCUCCUCCGAGCUGGCCAAGCUCGUCGCCAACGCGAUGCUGGCCCAGCGCAUCAGCAGCGUCAACGCCGUCAGCGCGCUGUGCGAGGAGCUCGGUGCUGAUGUUGAGGAGAUCAGCCGCGCCCUGGGCGCGGACUCCCGCCUGGGUUCCAAGUUCCUGCAUGCAGGCGUGGGAUACGGCGGGAGUUGCUUCGAGAAAGACAUCCUGAACCUGGCGUACCUGGCCCGGUGUCUACACCUGCCUGAAGUUGCAGACUAUUGGACUAGUGUGCUAGACAUCAACCAGUACCAGCGCGAGAGAUUCACAAAAACUGCCAUUCGCAAGCUGAAUGGCACUCUCAGAGGCAAGAAGCUGGCCAUAUUUGGAUUUGCCUUCAAGGACGGCACAAACGACACCCGAAACAGUGUCGCAGUUCACAUCAUCGCUGAGCUUGCCCUCGAGCAACCACGCGAAAUUGCGGUGUUCGAUCCUGGCUGCGCGCCCGAUGAGGUCGAGCAGGAAAUACGAAGGCUUGUCAAUGACGACGAGAUGAUGAGCCGCAUCAAGAUUGUUAGCGGGUGGAGAGAUGCCGUCGAGGGGGCUUCAGCCGUCUGCAUUCUCACCCAGUGGGAGCAAUUCCGUGGCACAGCCGCUGUGGCGUUGAACAAGCAAGCAGUUUCAACGCCCAAAAGCCUCAACAACGUCAUCUCGCAUUGUGAAUCAGAUCUCAAGGAGACGGAUAUAAUCGAACUUGAGAAGCUCACGAUCAGUACGACCGGUGGUGACACCGAGGAUCCGUUGCAGAGGCUUGUGCAACGAAGCGCUUGUGAAGCCAGCUGCAGGGAGUGUGAGAGACACUCUACGCUGUCCGGGAACAAGGAUGUUGUAAACUGGGAGCGUGUGGCAACUCUAAUGGAGAAGCACAGCUGGGUAUUCGACGGCAGAAAUGUGGUGGACGGCCUGUACCUGAAAUCUCUGGGCUUCAAGGUGCACAGCAUUGGAAAGGGAUUAUGA